UAAUUAGGGAGCUGGGCCCGGAAGUCGGGAUCUGGAUUGUUUGCCGUCGUUUCUCCGCGCUCGUUGGUCCUGGCACUGCCAGCGCAGCCGCAGCCGCAGCCGCCGCCGCCAUGGGGAAGCGACAGCAUCAGAAGGACAAGAUGUACAUUACCUGUGCCGAAUACACUCACUUCUAUGGUGGCAAGAAACCAGAUAUUCCACAAGCAAAUUUUCGUCGUUUACCUUUUGAUCACUGCAGUCUCUCUCUGCAGCCCUUCGUCUACCCAGUCUGCACCCCUGAAGGCGUCGUCUUUGACUUGCUUAACAUCGUCCCUUGGCUUAAGAAGUAUGGGACCAACCCCAGCAAUGGAGAGAAACUGGACGGGAGGUCCCUGAUCAAGCUGAACUUUGCAAAGAACAAGGAAGGAAAGUACCACUGCCCAGUGCUGUUCACCGUGUUCACCAACAACACCCACAUCGUAGCUGUCAGGACCACUGGUAACGUCUACACCUAUGAGGCAGUGGAGCAGCUAAAUAUCAAGGCCAAGAAUUUCCGAGACCUGCUGACGGACGAGCCCUUCUCUAGGCAGGACAUCAUCACCCUCCAGGACCCCACCAAUUUGGACAAAUUCAACGUCUCCAAUUUCUUUCAUGUGAAGAAUAACCUAAAAAUAACAGAUCCUGAUGAAGAAAAGGCCAGACAGGACCCAUCUUAUUAUUUGAAAAAUACGAACGCCGAGACCCGCGAGACACUGCAGGAGCUCUAUAAGGAGUUCAAAGGGGACGAGGUCCUGGCGGCCACCAUGAAGGUCCCCGAGAAGAAGAAAGUGGACAAGCUGAAUGCUGCGCACUAUUCCACUGGGAAGGUCAGCGCCUCCUUCACCUCCACCGCCAUGGUUCCGGAGACCACGCACGAAGCAGCUGCCAUCGACGAGGACAUACUGCGCUACCAGUUUGUGAAGAAGAAGGGCUACGUGCGGCUGCACACCAACAAGGGCGACCUCAACCUGGAGCUGCACUGCGACAUGACGCCAAAGACCUGUGAAAACUUCAUCAAGCUUUGCAAGAAGCAGUAUUACGACGGCACCAUCUUCCACAGAUCCAUCAGGAACUUUGUGAUCCAGGGGGGUGACCCCACCGGCACAGGCACAGGUGGGGAGUCGUACUGGGGAAAGCCCUUCAAAGACGAGUUCCGGCCCAACCUCUCGCACACGGGCCGGGGCAUCCUCAGCAUGGCCAACUCGGGGCCCAACGCCAACAAGUCUCAGUUCUUUAUCACCUUUCGCUCCUGUGCGUACCUCGACAAGAAGCACACCAUCUUCGGGCGGGUUGUUGGGGGCUUUGACACACUGACAGCCAUGGAGAACGUGGAGAGCGACCCCAAAACCGACCGCCCUAAGGAGGAGAUCCGCAUCGACUCCACCACGGUGUUUGUGGACCCCUACGAGGAGGCCGACGCUCAGGAAACGGGCAGCAGAGGAAGAGCCCUCCACCAGCACAGCUGUCCCUGUGGCCAAGAAGAAGCCCAGCCGAGGCUUUGGGGACUUCAGCUCAUGGUAGCAGCAGGUCGGCCCCUCUGGAGCCCCGGAGGGACUCAGGGCUGGGGGCCUGUGUCCACAUCACAGAGUUCUCUGCCCUUCCGACUACAGCUUACUAAAGCUCUUACUUGUUGCCCGAGUCCCCUUUCCUGGCCCUCGGAGUCCACGGGCCUUCCCAGCCUUCACUGGGUACAGUGGCCCCGGGCCGAGCCCAAGCCCACGUCUCAGACUGCCGGGCAUGGGCUGUUGCCCUUAGGCCCGGGCCGGUGAGGAAGGCAGAGUCUCCUGCCUCUGGCUCUCCUACCCUCCCCCACCCCGUCUGCGUCCUCGUCUUGGGGACUGUUUACUCAGUGGGGCACCUGGGACCUGGUUAGAAACACCGGCUUGCAGAGCCCAGACCUCCUCCCCUGGGGCCAUGGGCUGGGCGCUGCACCUGCGUGCUGCCCAUGCUGGGGAGCUCCUGCCGCCCGGCCUAGGUGGGGGCUGUGCCCAGGACCCCCUGCCCCAGCAUGGUAAGCGGAGUGCACGUGGGAGCAGCUGCCCACCCCCGCCCCCCCGGGCCUGACUUCGUGCUCAAACACUCGAUCCCUCACCCCAGCACUAGGGCUUCCAGACCGGCCUCACCAGCGUUUCCGGACUUAAAGAAUCCCUUCCCUUGACUUUAUUUUUCUAUAAAUGUAAAAAAAAAA